AAAAGAGAUUCUUUGGUAAUCCUGUGCAUCAAUGAGCUGCACAAAUUCAGACCAGGACUGCAAGAAUUCAGGCAUGAGGACACUGUGCAGCAGGCUCGCACAGGCAGACCCAAGAUGGACAGAACCUUGGAAUCCCUGAGACACAUCAUUGCCCAAGUCUUGCCUCACAGAGACCCGGCUCUGGUCUUCAAAGACUUGAAUGUUGUGUCAAUGUUACAGGAAUUUUGGGAAAGCAAGCAGCAACAGAGGGCUGCAUUCCCAAGUGAAGGUGUGGUGGUCUAUGAGUCACUUCCAUCUCCCGGACCACCUUUCGUGAGUUAUGUGACCCUCCCAGGGGGCAGCUGUUUUGGCAACUUUCAGUACUGCUUAAGUAGAGCUGAGGCCAGACGGGAUGCAGCUAAAGUGGCCUUAAUCAACUCCCUCUUCAAUGAGCUGCCCUCUCGCAGGAUCACCAAGGAAUUCAUUAUGGAGAGUGUGCAGGAAGCAGUUGCCUCCACCAGCGGCACUUUGGAUGACGCGGACGACCCCAGCACCAGCAUCGGAGCCUAUCACUACAUGCUGGAGGCAAACAUGGGGAAGACCAUGCUGGAAUUUCAGGAGCUUAUGACCAUUUUCCAACUAUUGCACUGGAACGGAAGCCUAAAAGCCCUUCGUGAAACAAAGUGUUCCCGACAGGAAGUCAUCUCCUACUAUUCCCAGUAUUCCCUAGAUGAAAAGAUGCGCAGCCACAUGGCCCUGGACUGGAUCAUGAAGGAACGGGAGUCACCAGGAAUUCUCUCCCAAGAGCUCCGAAUGGCCCUGAGGGAGCUGGAGGAAGCCAGGAAAGCAGGACAAGAACUACGUUUUUACAAAGAAAAGAAAGAAAUCCUGAGUUUAGCCUUGACUCAGAUCUACAGUGAUCCUGACAAUUCCUCACCCAGUGAUGAUCAGCUGAGCCUGACGGCCCUUUGUGGCUAUCACUAGCAAGGCCAGGUCCCAGCCGCCCCUGAGGUGUGGGCAGAGGCCGGACUCUAACAUUAGGAAGCUCAUUGAAGGAGGUCAUCAGAGGCUUUAGCACCUAUAGAUGCUACCUGAAGGCUGUACUAAUUCUCCCCACCCAUUCCAUUCACAGAAAUCUCAGAGCAGCAGGACCCUUACAAGAUCUAACAUCCCACUCAAUGCAGUUUCCCCAACACCCUCUCAAUGGUUCCACCUCAGACUGAAAGGAUGGAGACAGGAUUGUUUGAAAAAUAAUUUUCCAGGCCUGGCUUCAGCCAGAAGCCUGGCUGACAUGUGCCUUGCUAGGCUGUAUACGUUGUAUAAAAGAAUGGGCCAAUGUAGCAUCCCCGAAAAGAACACCAGCCAGGACUGGGGAAAGUAGCAUGAUAGCAAUUAAAAAAUACUUGGGAUUAAAUAAACAUGUGGAUUGUUUUAAAAAAUAUCCAGGGGUCAGAGUUUCUUCCUAAGCUUUGUAAACUGUAAUAUCACUUACACUCUAGUAGGUGUAAUCCAAAACUUCAGUGGGAAUUUUAUCUGGACAUCCCACUAUCAAAGAUUUUGAAGUGGUAAUAGUAUGAAAAUGCUAUAUAAAUGUAAUGUGGCUUAAAA